UUCCUCAUAUCAUACCCUUUCUCUCUCUACUAUCUUACCACUACUUGUGUUUCUCUCUCUAAACCAAAAAAAAACUCUUAAGUGCUUGUUAAUUUACUCUAUUACCCCCCUCUUGGCUUUCUCUCUCUUCAACAAAGAAAAAGAAAAUGGAGUCAAUUUCUUCUUCACUGCCCAAAAGGCAAAGGGAAGAAGAGGAUGAAGAAGUCUUUAAACGUCAAAAGUCUUACAAAGACAUAAUUACCCUUCUUGAAGAAGAGGAAGAUGACCCAAACGAGGACUUAUCUUCCUUGAUCUCCACCCUUCAGGAAGAGAUCUCUUCGUCUUCCUCUACCUCCUCCCCGUCUCAGCAUGGGCUUGGCCCGGUUCAUGACCCGGCUAAUUCAGGCCCGUAUGAGAUUGACCAGGAGAACCCGUCGGUGGGUUCCGGGUCAGGGGAGGAUGAGACGGAAAACGUCAUGAGGCACCUCCUUGAAGCCUCCGACGAUGAGCUGGGGUUGCCUAAUACGACUACCACUACUAACAGUUUUUCGUCGGAUAGUUUUGACGAGGUGGUUGACGGACAGUUUGACGGUGGAGAUUUUUUCUACCCCGUCGUUGGCGGUGAAGGGCUUUGGGAGUUUGAAGACCGUGAAGCUGCUAACUAUUACAGCUUGUUGCAGUCUACUGAAAUUUUUAUGUAGCGGUUCGGUCCUCGUAGUCCCCCUCAAUUUGCAAAGAGGUCCUUUUUGUUGAGGGGUUAGGAGGUAAAAAAAGGAAAAGUCUAGGGGUUUGAAGGGGAAAAAAAAGAAGAGACAAGGAGUAGUGAAAAGAAAAAAAAAGAAAAAAGAAAGAAAGAAAGAAAAAGUUAGAGGAGGAUUAAAGAGAAAAUGAAAAGCCGUUUUUGGGUUAUUUUCAUUUUGGUCCCUCGUCUCUUCUUUGUAAAUUGUUAUACUACCCCUUUUUGUUUAGUGGAAAUUUAAAAAGUAGGAUGACAAAUUAUUUGA